UCUACUUAAAAGCAGAAGAAGAAUGUACAAGCAAUAGAAGAAGACAAAGAUGACGAAACAACAACAACGGAAUACCGACUUCACAAAAGUCAGGGACACUUUGAAUGUUUUGUAAUCAACUUUUAUAUAAAUAUUUCAUGUCAUUAAAGUUUCCGCUAGCAUGUAAGCAUCAGCACAGCGACGCCUUGUUAGCAUUUCACCAUUAGCACCGUUGUAGCCUGAUCGCGUGUGUAGACUUCACGUGACAAUUUCUGCCUUUUUUAAAUCAACCAUUGGCUUGGACCUCCAUCUUUACUCCCUUUCUCUAAUCGAGCUUUCGUCAGUGACAUCAGAAAGAACAAUGUCACCCUACAGGGUCAAAGGGCACGACAUCCAGCACACGUCACAGACAGAACCUGCGGCCGGCGGUGACGUCACAAAUUCAAGCUGGAAGCAACGUUACCGCGACAUCAGUCCCGUAACGUUACAGCUGAGCGGCGGUGCUGUAAGAGCCAGUCUGUACUGUGACAUUAUUGAUGGCCUCAGCGGCCUGGCGGAAUCCUUCCUGGUGGAGAUUUACCGCUGUAAGCUUUGCCAGUUCACCUGCGACCUAAAGACCACCAUCAGCAGCCACCUGCUGCUCAGGCACCACCCCCCUUCCCUCACUUCGCUCGCCUGCAUGGACCGGGCCGAGGAGGCGGGGCUUCGGCAGGCAGCGUUGGUCUACCCGCUGGACCUGGCAGAGGCCAAACAAAGUGAGGACGAUGAGGACUUCUUGCUCUACAACAUGCUGGACAACAUGAGCCCGCCCACCUGUGACGUCAUCAGCACUGAGGGAGGGCUGCAGGUUAGCCGUCUGUUUGAGGAUGACGAGUCCAUCUUCUCCCUAAAAAGGACGCCUGAGGAACUACCUGGUCCCGCCGACACCCCCGCCACUCAGGAGGAAAUGGCGCAGUCCGCCCACCUGAAGACACUCGGACUGUGCCGCAUCACCGCCGCCCGUACGCCUUUGCCGCCCGUUUCUGUCCAGCUGCAUCUGGCUGAUGACUCGGACCAGCUGUCGCGCACGGACGCCCGGAAAGACGCCAAAAGACGGCGUCUGUCGUGUCCCGUGUGUCUCGUGAAGCUGCCGUCCAGACGGCUGAUGGACGCGCAUGACAAGUGUCACAAGUCAUCAAGUGGCACCGCGUGCUGCAAACUGACACCUAAUAGGUGGGUGGAACUAAGGCCUGAUUGGAGGAAGCGCCGCAGGAGGAAGGAGGAGAAAACCGAAGAGGACUGUUCAAAAGACGAGAACGCAGAUAAAAGUCGACCUUUGAUUGGGUCAGCUGACAGCAGGAAAAAGAAGAAGAGGCACCCAGACAGCGACUCGUCAGCGACACCGAAAGAAGACGACGAAAAAGACGAAGACGAAGAGUCGUCCGGUUUCAUCUGCUCGCUUUGUCACAGGAAGUUCUCCAGCAAAGUGACACUGCAGCGCCACCUGGGGGUCCACAGUGGAGACAAACCUUUCUCAUGUCCUCACUGUUCUUAUAGGAGCCGACUGAAGGAAUCUCUUCUGCAACACAUCAGGACACACACAGGUGAGAAGCCGUACAAGUGUGUUGAGUGUUCGUAUGCGUCCAUUGAUCGCAGUUCUCUGCUGCGACACUCCAGAACUCACAGCCUCGAGAAACCUUACAAGUGUCAACACUGUGACUACCGCAGUAUCCAGAAGAAAAGUUUGGAUCUUCACGCCCGGCGCCAUCACACCGGAGAGACGUUUCCAUGCCAACAGUGUGAGUAUUCCAGUCCGGACCGCCAGCUGCUUCUGCGACACACACGCAGACGCCACGCCCCCUCCCAGAGAAAGUCGUCCAAUCUGUUUUGAGUGCCAGCUGGUUUGGACUUAACAAGUCAAUGCAACAAAGACGGAAUCAUGUUAUUCAAAAUGGAUGAAAUAACACAUAAGAAGACUUUAUAAGUGUCCUAGUCCGCUUUGUGUUUGACGUGGGCUCAUCAAAAGUUCCUAAAAGACUUCCCCAAAGUGUCAGUGUUAUAGGCUAUAUUUAUAUUUUUUGUUACUAUAUUUCUUCAAUAAAUUUAUAGAAAACAAGAAUAUACCGCUUUCGGGCUUUUAUCCUUAACAUUUCUUUGGCAAGUCUGACAUGACGUAUUUGUCACAAUAUGUCACAGUUUCAAAGAUUUUACAUAAAUAUAUGUUUUGGUCAAUUCAAAGUACAUUUGUGCUACACUGAAAUCUCCAUGUAGUAUAAAGUCCUGUCAAUUUUUUUUUCAUACUAAUUCACCAUUUUUUGCAUGUGCCUCACAAUACGAAGGUCCUGAGUAGUCCUGAGUUCAAUCCCGGGCUCGGGAUCUUUCUGUGUGGAGUUUACAUGUUAUUCCCAUGACUGCGUGGGUUCCCUCCGGGUACUCCGGCUUCCUCCCACCGCCAAAAACAUGCACCUGGGGAUAGGUUGAUUGGCAACACUAAAAUUGGCCCUAGUGUGUGAAUGUGAGUGUGAAUGUUGUCUGUCUAUCUGUGUUGGCCCUGCAAUGAGGUGGCGACUUGUCCAGGGUGUACCCCGCCUUCCGUCCGAAUGCAGCUGAGAUAGACUCCAGCACCCCCCGCGACCCCAAAAGGGACAAGCAGUAGAAAAUGGAUGGAUGUCACAGUUUCAAAGAUUUUACAUAAAUAUAUGUUUUGGUCAAUUGUACUACUCUGAAAUCCUUAUGUAGUAUAAAGUCCUGUCAAUUUUAUUUUCAUACUAAUUCACAACCAAAGUUAUGUGUAAGCACUUUACAAGUGGAGAAGGUUUAGAAGCAUUUAUACAGAACCAAUUGAACCCCACAUGUGCAAGUACUUGGCGACAGGGGCAAGUACAAACCACAACAGACAGCAUUGAGUAGAAUCACUACCGUCACCACGCAGCUCCACCACCAACAAUAACAUACUGUAAAUGUGAGGUGCUGGCUGCACCUCCAGAAGCAGGGAGCACCUUGUGUUAGUUUGUGUAGGGUAGUUAACAUAGAAACAUCAAGGCAAUGGCGAUAAUGUAAAUAUGACUUUGUUACAAAACAGCACUUUGCCUGUCAUGCACUCUCUUGACUACUGCUGUGAUUCACGUCACAUCCCGUUGUUGCCUCAGAUUCAAGCCCAUGGUGGGCAAACAAGAAGUCAAGUGAAAUUGGAGUGAAAAUGUCACAUGCAUGCAAUGUUCUCGCCUGUGGAAAUGUUUACAAUAGGGAUUUUGGUGAAAGUUAUUCAAGAGUUCCUAACAUAAAGAGAAAAUAGUUAUAAUAGAAAGGUUGCUGCUGUGUUGAACAUGUCGCUCUCGUUGAUGGGACCAAAAUAAACUAUAAAAUCCUCCUUA